GCUCGGCUGAACGGCAUCCGGAACUUAAGGACUUAGCCGUGGCCGACCUGGCGGUGGGAAGAGUUAGAGGAACGGACAAGGGGAGAGGCGUGGCCGGGAGGCUUCCGGAAGACCGCCGGAAGUACGCUGUCCGACUCCAGCCGACCCGCGCCGUCCGCAUCGCUGUCGGGCUCCUAAGAAUUAGGGGGAUCCCGAGGUGCCGGAGGCCUGAGUUCCAGCCGACUCCACCGUCGUGACCGCUGCCAAAGUCUUUCUUCUGUGCUUUCAUUGGCUCAGGUGCGAAGAGAGUCGUGGACGAGCCGCUUGCAUCUUCCAGCCUGGAGAACGGCAGCGCCUGUUGGGGUCUAGGGCCAGAGAAGAAAUGAACAGCCAGGAAAUAGCCAAGGUAGGAUUUCAGAGCCCAUGUUCUUAACCAAGACUGUGCCACUUCUCAGUAAAAGACCUCUCUUCGUCUUUAAAAGUCCUGGGUUCUGAGCCUGCCAUCCAAGAAACUCAAGAGGAGGAGUUGACAGACUGCAUCCCUCACCACCCUGAGACAGGACCCAACAUGUCUCAGGCCACCAAGAGGAAGCACGUGGUGAAGGAGGUGCUGGGGGAGCACAUGGUGCCCUCUGACCAGCAGCAGAUCGUGAGGGUACUCAGGACCCCAGGCAACAAUUUGCAUGAAGUAGAGACAGCCCAGGGGCAGCGCUUCCUGGUGAGCAUGCCCUCCAAAUACCGGAAGAACAUCUGGAUCAAGAGAGGGGACUUCCUCAUAGUUGACCCUAUUGAAGAGGGAGAGAAGGUGAAGGCUGAGAUCUCCUUUGUGCUCUGCAAAGACCAUGUGCGCUCUCUGCAGAAGGACGGGCUCUGGCCUGAGGCCUUCUCCCAAGUGGCUGAGAAACACAGCAACAACAGGAACAGACAGACUCAGCCAGAACUCCCAGCUGAGCCACAGUCAUCAGGAGAAGAGUCUAGCUCUGAAGAUGAUUCCGACCUUUUUGUUAACACCAACCGUAGACAGUGUCAUGAGAGUGAGGAGGAGAGUGAAGAGGAGGAGGCAGCCUGAGACCCCGGGACCCACUUCUGCUCUUGCUCAGAGACUAGUCUGUGGCUUCUCUGAGCUUGGACAUUCCCAGGGUGCUCGACCAACCUUUCCCCCUGGAUGGGGACAAGGCAGGGCCCCUCUCUGAACUGACUUUGACAUAGGAGAAUUAAACCCCUGGUGGGAGGUGACUUA